UCGACAGCAACCCUGCCACACUCGUUUCUUCAAGCGUCACACAUAAAGCGACAUAAUGGGAUCCUGCGCAAAACAUAUAGGAGACGAAAUCGUUCACCAGCGCUCUAUUACCGAAUCUGGUACUUGCAACUGAGCGCCUUUUCUACUCCGCAUUCUGACUACAUAUUUACAAAAGCUGAGCACAUUUCCUGAGCUUCUUUCUGUUCUAAGGGGAUGGGGGAAUGAUCAACCCCGACUCCCCAUCUCCAGCUCAGUUGUAUCUGUUGUAGGAGCGCUUCACAGCAUGCCAUCCCAGAGAAGAGGUGUCGAUCACCGACCGAGGCCCGCCGCUACGCUUCUAACCCAGGUUGCUGUCUUUGCAACCUUCGUUACUUUGAGCGCUUGCAUGCCAGGGUCUUCUUCAGUAUGCCCGCGGAGCUUGGACUGUGCCCGAGCAGGGCGUCAUUUCUGCCAGCCAGGCAGCUCCCACUGCGGCCCCUGCCUCAACCCGCUGGUAGAGAACUCACAUGGCAGAUGCAUAGUGAAAAGGAGACACACUCACGCCCCCCAUUUUGCGGGCAAAGUGACCACGUUCCCUGAAGUGGAUGAGGAGAUAGACUUCCUGUCCACCAUCAUCAGCCAACAGAAGGAGUCAGGGGUCAAACAUCCAGCUCCUCUCUCUCAGGAUUUUUCCAAAGCCGAGGAGGAUGACAGAUCCAUGAUCCUCACCCAACAGCCUACCACAGAGCAGCCUGCGACACACAGCACCACUACAGCCCCGAAUAACACGACUACAGCCACCCCCACAAUGACAGCGCCCACCACCACCCACAUCCCAGCAGUUCGUAGAGGGCCCCUGAUCAUCCCUUACCCCUCCAACAAUCAUGUGUUUAUUGUCGUGACCAGUGUGUUUGUGGUCAUGGGAUCUGUGGCCUUGCUCUUGGCUGGCGUCUGUUGGAUCAGGUUGCAGAGAGGUGUGCGUCUGGCUCAGAAGGUAGACUACCCUGCUUAUGGGGGUAUGAGGCCCCAUUCCUAUGACAACAAUGUGCCUGGGGAUAAGAGGCUGGCUCAGAGUGCUCAGAUGUACCACUACCAACACCAGAAACAGCAGAUGCUCUCCCUGGAGAAACACAGGGAUGAACCCAAGGUGCCUGACUCUGGGGCCACGUCAGAUGAGGAGAAUGAGGAUGGGGAUUUCACGGUGUACGAGUGCCCUGGACUGGCCCCGACGGGGGAAAUGGAGGUGAAGAAUCCUUUGUUUGAUGAUUCCACCCUUUACCUUCAGCGGAGCCACAAGUAACCCUGACAACCCUGGACAUUCUGAUAUGCACCUAUAAAAGAUAUCAUCCUACAUGUACAGGAAGAUCAAAUUACACUCACUCACACACCUACAAACACACAUCAGGUUUCUCUCUCUAACCUGUCUCACAUGAUACACUCCUAACACGGCAGGGUGGCAAGUUUGUAAGGAGAGAAGAAGGGAUGAUUGGAAGUUGUGAGAAAGACGGACGUGAGAAGGAGGAAGAGGAGUGAUGGACUGUAUCGAAAUGGCAGAUUGAAGUGACAUGCAGGUGAAUCUCCUCUUGGAUCGGACUGAUAUCUGGGUCCAAUGACGUCUCUCGCACUCAGAAAACCUACAUGAUAUUGUACCUUUCCGUUUGGCAUAAAAUAUCCAUUCCUUAUUGUUAUAUGUUAGUGCUUAUCUCUUGUGGAAUUGAUCUUGUAAUAUUCUUUGUACGUUUAUCUGUCAAACAUGUGCACACAUCAGCCAACUAACUGACUGAGAGAUUAGUGUAUAUGAUGAUGGAUAAGAUUCUCCAAGUUCUGCUCUCCCCUUCAGUCCUCAGCUCUGUGUCACACCUGUACAGAAGAACGCCUGGGUCAUAUUCACUAGAAACCAAACAGAAGAAAACUGACAAAUAGGGAGGGACUAUGCCUGAACUUUUCCAACAAGAAAUGCUUUGUUUUCAUUUUCCAUUGCAAAAAGUAUUGCUACGGUGUUCACUAAUGAAUACAACCCUGCUUUAUACAACAGAUACCCACAGACAGGUUCAAUAGGUAGCUGUAGGGUUGACAACUGGUCCUAGAAAUGAUUAUGGAACUGCAGAGCCUUUGAAACUGAGAUGGGGAAUGGUUGGCAUAGUACAAUUAUAAGGCUGUCAAUGCUAAUCAUUGGCCAAACUAAAUGUCUGCAUUCCAAACGGCACCUCAUUCCCUACAUACACAUAUAUAGGGAAUAAAGUGCCAUUAAUUAUGCAUCCUAAAUAUCUGAAUAAACUCAUUGACUUUCUUCAUUACCAAAAAGGUAACUUUUUUAAAUAUAAUUAUUUUAUUUGACUUUCAUGUAUACAUGCAGCGCGUACGGUAAACCUGACCUGUUAAAGCUCUCUUAUGUAUCCAUUAUAUUAUCACUAUGUAUAUGGUCCCUCUAUGCAUGACUGGGUUCUGCUGAAAAGGGAUAAAAGUCUAUAUGCAUUUGUUUGUUAUUCAAGUUUCCUGUGUAAACUUGCUAAUGAUAUUUAGAUAACUUGAAUGAUUUCAAAGGAAUUUGGAACUUCUUUACAGAACUCUGAAACAGAGCAACCCCAUUGUGUACAUAUACAGUAUCAGAUUAAUUAACAUGGCUUGUCCCCAUGAUUUGUGAUGUUUAUGUAAAUAGCCACGGACGUGUACUGUACAGAGAUAGCAAACUGUCACUAAUUAUGUAUUUGUACACAUAUUAUUAGUCUAUAUUUCUGAUUGCUGUGUCAAAUGAACCUCUGUUUUCUUUAGCCUAAAGUGAGUCCCAAAUUGCACCCCAUUCCUUAUAUAGUGCAUUACUUUUUAUGAAGCCAGAUAGGCCCUGGUCAAAAGUAGUGCACUAUAGGGAAUAGGGUGCCAUUUGGGACAUAGUCUUUUCAGAAGUUGCCUAUUGCUGUUGUCUCUCAGGAACGCUGAUGUCAUUAGCUCUUCUAUUUACUUAACCGUUUCCCUAACUCUCUGCCUCUUAACUCUCUCAUACUGAAGGAAAAGGUAGUCCGACACAUACUGCAACAUGAAUGAUUUGUGGAUGCAGACCAUUUUAUUUCCCCCUUUAGGCUUCAAGAACAAUGUAUGUAAGAUAGAAAGAGGAGUCUCUUAGAAUGGACCCAUCCAUUGAUGUAGGCCUAGAUGACUUACGGUUAAGAUGCUGAACAUUAAACCUUGACUUUUACCACAUACCUACAGGUAACUGCCAGAAUAAAGGAAACCCCAACAUAAAGCGUCUUAAUAGGAAGUUUUGCCACCACAAGCCUCCAGAACGGCUGCAAUACACUUUGGCAUAGAUUCUACAAGUGUCUGGAACUCUAUUGGAAGGACGUGACACCAUUCUUCCACAAUACAUUCCAUAAUUUGAUGUUUUGUUGAUGGUGGAAGACGCUGUCUCGGGCCGCGCCAGAACCUCCCAUAAGUGUUGAAUUGGGUUGAGAUCUGGUGACUGAGACACACACACCCUUUAAACCUUUCAGACCCCUCUUUCAAAAUCACAUAUCUUUGCUUCUAGCCAUUAUAGCCAAAAUAAUGGGCAACUUGGCAUUUUUAUACAUGACCCAAAGCAUGAUGGUAUGUUAAUUGCUUAAAGGCCC